AUGGGGGACUCUUGGCGUGAGGCCAGGAAGAAAGAAUUAGAAGAGCUGCCGGUGAAGGCUCUGAGGGGGAUGGUCAGGGAACAGCUCUCGAAGACUUGUAUCGAACGGUCUGACUUCAUCAACUGCAUCAUCGAAGAAGAACUGAAGAGCGGGUGUGGAACUCGGAAACAAUCUGUGGACGACCCGUGCAAGCGAUCGAGGGAGUAUGAUCACACCGAUCAUGCAGCCUGCUCGAAGGACUUGAAAAGGCCCAAGGAAGAAGACAGCGUGGAAAGCAUGUCAUUGCAGUUGGUUUCGGGAUUUGUGAGAGCCGCGGACCUCAAGACUUUUAUCCACAAACAUGGCGGGAUCAUCAAAGGAAUCAAUGAGAUGGAUGACCUAAGGAAGCUGGCACAGGCAAUUGUUGCAGAGAAGUAUGAGAUGAGGUUGAGGAGGAAGGAUGAGUUCGAACGGGCCCACGGGGUUCACAUCUCCGCACAAGGGAGCUGUCCGAUCUGCCUUGACGACAUGAGCAGUCUGCUGAAGUAUCGGCCGCUGAUCGAGUCGUUCAACGACCCCCUUCCUGUGGUCCACUUGAGCUGCUGCUCCACCUUCUAUCACAGCGAGUGUCUUGCCCAGCACAUCCUCACCUCAGCAGGCGAUGGACGGCUCCCUGUGGUCUGUCCGACCACAACCUGUGGACAGAGAAUCCGGUCGAAGAUCAUUGGAGCAAGUCUUGGAGAGCAAGACUUGCUGCGCUACAACCAGCUCGUCAUCAAGUACAAGGAGGCGCAUCGGGGAGGAGCCAAGUGGACGGGGACGCAGGAGGAAUACGACGCCAUGUACAAUUCCGGGAUGAGGCAGUGCCCCCAGUGUGGGUCAUGGAUAGAGAAAGCAGCGUCAACAGGGUUUGAUGGCUGCGACAAGAUGACCUGCCGCUGUGGUUGUCAGUUUUGCUUUCGCUGUGGAACGAUUCGAGCCUCCUGCAACUGUACCGAGAAGCACCAUGGUUUCUUCUCGCACCAAGACGUCCUGAACAACUACGAUCAACUCCCCCCGCUUUUCUCCGGCGGAGUCUCUCCCCCUUUCUUCAACCUCGAUAGUCCCCAAUCGAUCUUCCGCACUUUUAUGGAAUGGAGGAGCCAUCGCUGA